AUGCCCGGCUCGCUCCCGACCGCGACCGCGACCAGUGCGCCGAGCGUGACGCCGUCCGAGGUCAAGUUCGAGGUCGACCGCUCGCAGCCGACGACGCAGCUCCAGAUCCGCCUUCGCAACGGCGACCGCAUGGUCGCGACGUUCAACCAGUCGCACACGGUCGGCGACAUCCGCAGCUACAUCAACGCGUCGCACCCGGGCGAGGCGACGUCGGCGUACGUGCUCCAGACGACGUUCCCGACCAAGGACCUGACGGACGACGGCGCGACGCUCAAGGACGCGGGCCUGCUCGGCAGCGUCGUCGUGCAGCGGCCGGCCUUUCACUCAACCGCUCCUCGCACCUCGCACACCAUGCCUGCCACGUCCAAGGCCGUCAUCCUCAUCGGUGGUCCCUCCAAGGGCACCCGCUUCCGACCCUUGUCGCUCGACGUCCCCAAGCCCCUGUUCUCGAUCGGUGGCCGCGCCAUCAUCUGGCACUCGCUCGUCGCCCUCAGCCAGUUGCGUCCCUCCCUCUCGCGGAUCCCCGAUCGAACCGUCGAGGGCUUGAACGAGGUCCUCCUCGUCGGAUUCUACGAUGAGUCCGUCAUCGCGCCGUUCGUCAAGGAGGCGUCGCGCGACUUCCCCAACCUCUCGGUUCGCUACCUGCGCGAGUUCCAGCCUCUCGGAACGGCCGGUGGCCUGUACCACUACCGCGACAUGAUCCUCAAGGGCAACCCGGACCAGAUCUUUGUCCUCCACUCGGACGUCGUCUGCGGCUGGCCGUUCGAGGAGCUCCAGAAGUUCCACAGCGGCCACCGCGGCGUCGGCACCGUCAUGGCCGUCAAGGUCCCUCGCGAAGAGGCGAACAAGUUCGGCUGCAUCGUCGUCGACCAGCAGACGUCGCAGGCGAGGCACUUUGUCGAGAAGCCCGAGGAGUUCCUGUCCGACACGGUCAACGCCGGCCUGUACCUCUUCGACUCGGCGCUCCUCUUCUCGUCGAUCCGCGAGGCCAUGGAGGACAAGGUCAAGCGCUCGGCCGACGACCCCGAGGCGACUGGCGACGAGCAGCUCCGCCUCGAGCAGGACGUCCUCUCGCCGCUCGCGCACUCGGGCAGGCUCUACGCCUUCCAGACGACGUCGCCCUGGGUCCAGAUCAAGAGCGCUGCCUCGGCCAUCCCGGCCAACGCCCUCAUCCUCGCGUCGUACAAGACGACCAACCCGUCGCUCCUCCGUCGCCGCUCGCCGACCAUCCUCGCCAAGUCGCGCGCCGACUAUUCGAAGAACAAGGGCCCCGAGAUUGUCGAGCCGUGCUUCAUCCACGAGGACGCCCAGAUCGACCCGACGGCCAAGAUUGGGCCCAACGUGUCGAUCGGCAGCGGCGUCAAGGUUGCCGCCGGCUGCAGGGUCAAGGAGUCGAUCCUCCUCGACAACGUCCUCCUCGACAAGAACUCGUGCGUCCUGUACUCGAUCAUUGGCGAGUCGUGCAAGCUCGGCCCGUGGUCGCGCGUCGAGGGCGCCCCGCUCGUCGGCGACAAGCAGAGCAUCGCCAUCCUCGGCAAGGACGUCUCGGUCCUCAAGGAAGUCCACAUCCGCUCGUGCAUUGUCCUCCCGAACAAGAACCUCUCGCGGUCGGCCAAGAACGAGGUCCUCCUCUAG